GUGGAUCUCUCGCACCCGGCUCUGGCCUGUGGCUUGAGCACAACGACCGACGAUUGCACUGCUGUGGCGCAGUUCUCUGUUUCUGCAAAGUACUCCCCCUUCCAGGUACCUCGGUGUCGGGCAGGCGGGCGCCCACCAAUCAGGCCGGCGCUGAACCACACGUGCAGGGCUCUAGGGACUUGCCCUUCAUCCAAGACAGGGCAAAAUCUCAGUGUGCGAAUCUCUAUCGUUAUGUUCGAGGAGCUUCAGUCUGAUCUGGUCCGCUACACCUAGGCUCCAGUCAGACCAGUCCGCAAGAUCAACUCGUCACUGUCCAUCAUGGCCCAGCAUCGUCAACCGAAGACGGCGGCGCCCGCUCCAAAAGACGCUUCUUCAGUGGUCGAGCCUCCCCAGGUCCGCAACACACCGUCGGCGCCGCAGUCUCGCGGUGCCCGCGUCUUCAAUUCGCUGCUUGUCGGAGUGCUAUGGAUCAGCACCCUGAGCGUGGCAGGCUGCUACCUGUCAUCCAAGCAGCACACCCUGAGCACCGUCAUGCAGCGCAUCGCUGAUUUUAUCAAUGACUACAUCGGCCUUGGGGACUUCAACGACAUCCGCAUUGGCUCGUUUAAGCCUAGCGAGCUGCAGAUUAUCGGCACCUGGCUGGCAUUCUUCUGGACCAGCAUCGCCUUGCUCGUCGUCCGCAAGCAGUACAGCAUUGUCUACAUCCUCACCCCCAUACUCCUCUCCUUCUUCCUCCAGUACCUCGGCAAGUUCACUCUGGAGGAGUACUUCAUCGUCGUCGUGCCAUUUUUGCUGAGCGUGUGGGAGCUGGCCAGCGACUAGCUCGUUAGGCUCAAUGGAAGCGCGGCUCGGAGUAAGGGGUUUACGAAUUUGGCAAGUUCCUGUCAAGAUAGGAAGAUAGAUGAAAUCGUGACGAGCAUCUCUGGUAAUUUUGCAUUCCUCUGCGGGCAAAGCUGACGGAUUGGCCUUGCUAUCUGUUUUGCAGAUACUUAAUGUUGUGC